AAAAUUUCUCUAUACGAUGUUAAAAUUCUUCAUAGUACAGAAACUUCUUUCCAAAAAUUCCAAAGGAAUAUUGAGAAUGCCAAGUGUUUUAAAUUAGUAAUAUAACGUUAUAGGCCUCCAUACCUGUUUUUACAUUCAUUAUCAAUCAUUUUUUUUAUCAAAAGUUCGUGUAAAUAUAAAGUCAGUACUUUUUCCAAGAAACUCGUUGAUUUAUAUGCAAGGGCUGACAUGAAUGUAACAUAAGUACCUUUAUAAUGUGAUAAUUUGUGUUACUAUCUGAGAAACAAGGAUAAUAGAGCAUAUGGAGACAACAGCAAUAGGUGUAUAGCAAAGAACACAGAAUUUAAAUGAAAGAAACAUAAUUCUAAUGAUGAUCUACAGAGCAGCACUGGUUUUGUUUCUAGGGGUAUUCUAUUUAGCCUGUAUUAUUGGAUAUGUUCAAGCAGGGAAUAAAGCACAAGUCCCAACCAGGGAAUCGGCAGAAGAUACACAAAGGAGAUCUCGGGAGAGACCAGAAUGCCCAACAGCCUGUCCAAUGAUCUAUAAUCCCAUAUGUGCAUACGAUGGGGAGAAAUAUGUAACAUUUCCGAGUCAGUGUGAUAUGACAGUACAUGCUUGCAAAACUGGCAAACUGGUCACACCACAGUUUAGAGGACCUUGUGAGGAGAGAGAAUUAUAACACCACAGUUCAAGUUAGAAAGAACAUUUUGAAAUUAUUUGUCAAGAGUACUUUAAUUAAGUGAAUAAAGUUUUCAAAAAUAUCAAAUAAUCAGUUUAUUGCAAAUCAAUUAAAUAUUUGGCAAUGUGGAUAGAGGCAAAAAAACAUUUUCAUAAAAUAAGUUUUUAAGGAGUCAGUUGUUAUCAGCCAAACAUAAACCAGAUAAAAGCAUCUGAUUU